ACGUCAUUAUUAAUGUCGAUUCUUGGGGAGCUACCGCUUUCAAGGGGUGACAUCAAAGUUGCUGGGAAGAUCGCUUAUACUUCCCAAAUGCCUUGGAUCUUCUCGGGAACAGUAAAACAAAACAUUUUAUUCGGCCAAAAAAUGAUCGAAUCAAGGUACAAAAGGGUUAUAGUGGCAUGUGCACUAGAGAAGGACAUAGAAUUGAUGCCUGAGGGAGAUAUGACGUUAGUUGGAGAAAAAGGCUUAUCGCUUAGUGGUGGACAGAAAGCCAGAAUAAACUUAGCAAGGGCAUUAUACUAUAAUGCUGAUAUCUAUCUGCUUGAUGACCCACUGACCGCCGUGGACGCUCGUGUUGGAAGACAUAUUUUCGAUGAAUGCAUUCAGGGAUUACUCAAAGAAUGCCCAACAAUCUUAGUCACACAUCAAUUGCAAUUUCUCAACAAUGCUACUCAGAUUAUAUGCCUGAAAGAGGGUAGAAUACUUGGAAUAGGUACGUAUACCGAGCUAGCUUCAUCUGGUAUUGACUUGAUAUCUCUAAUCAAGACCAAGCCUACCCAAGACGCCGAAGAUAGCUCAGUUGAUAGUGCAUUAGAAGAAGAGGAAUCGAGUGAAUCGUCUAUGCUGAUAAUACCAGACAAAAGCCCAAAGAGAUCGAGUUCUAUAAAAGCAUUGUGCAAUCGAAGAAGUUUCUCGUCAUUGACUGACAUAGAGCUUAAGCUGGACACUCCUGCAAAUGAGUCCCAGAUAGCACAAGAGGUGGAUGUUGAGCCUGAGGACCGGCUGCGCGGCAGCAUUCCUUGUCGGUUUUACUUAAGACUGUUCAACACAGGUGCAAACUUUUAUGUCCUGGCGCUUUUGUUUAUUCUCUUCAUUCUUACUCAGGGAGCUUAUACCUUCGGGGACUGGUGGCUAGCGCAUUGGUCAGAAACUAACUCAAGAUUUGUCGCAGAGCAGAAUCGCCUGUCUAUACUACCAUCAAAUGCAACCGACUCUCCUCACCAAGAAUUUAAUAAGUUCUUCUACAUUUACGUCUAUCUUGGUGUUGUCAUAGCAACUUUACUGUUUUCCAUUGCGAAGGUGUUUCUGUUUUUCCAUGUCAAAAUCAACGCUUCAAAAAACCUGCACAAUCAAAUGUAUGACGCA